AAUGUUAUCCGAAGGAGAAGAUGUUCCGGCUACCGGCAGAACUCGGAAGUGGUCCAGCCAUCCCAGACCAUCCAUAUAUAGUGGCCGGGUGGCGGAUUUCCGAUCCGUCGAAGAAAUCGCUCCAGUUUUUCGACACAUUUUCAAUCGGUUCACUCGCUUCAACGAGAUUCAAUCCCUGGUUAUGGACGACAUGCUUUAUACGGAUAAAUCUCUGGUAGUUAGCGCACCAACCGGUUCCGGUAAAACUGUCAUCUUUGAGCUGGCCAUGGUACGAUUGUUGAUGAAAAUGGAAGACGAGAAGUACGAUGGGGACUUCCGGAUGGUUUACAUUGCGCCGAUUAAGGCACUGUGCGCUGAAAAGUUUUCCGAUUGGAGGGACAAAUUUGAUAAACUUGGUGUUAAAAGUGCGGAAGUGACGGGCGAUUCGGAUUUUCGGGAUUUUUGGGAUCUUCCGGAUUGCAAUUUGAUUUUGACUACUCCAGAAAAGUGGAACUCAAUCACCAGAAGAUGGCGGCAGAAUGUUAACUUUAUCCGGCUGAUACGGUUGGUCCUGAUCGAUGAGGUGCACAUUUUGAACGAUAAUUUCCGGGGCCCCAUCUUGGAAGCGGUGGUCUCCAGGAUGAGAAGCAUUCAUCGGUUCAUCGGAACCGGCGAUGAUCCGAAUGGAGUGGAACCGAUGCGAAUUGUGGCUCUUUCGGCAACGGCACCCAAUGUAGCCGAUUUGGCCGCUUGGGUGGGGCGAAAUGGAAUCAAGUGUUUCUAUAAUAUCGCAGAAUCUCGACGGCCCAUCAAGAUCGAAAAACAUGUCCUCGGCUACCAUUGUCACCCCAGCACUUCAUCCUACCGGUUCGAUAUAAAUUUGAACUACAAAUUAUUCGAUAUAAUCUCCAAAUAUUCCGGGGGGCGCCCAUCUCUAGUAUUCUGCAGCACCCGGAAGGCAGUCGAGACAGCUUCUCUUCAUUUGAUACAGAACCAUUCCCUCAAAAUGACCGAUGAUCAGAGAACUUCCCUACAGGACAUUUGUGACAAGUUGCAGAACGUUGAGCUAAAAAAACGUCUCGUAGCGGGCGUUGGAUUCCAUCAUGCCGGGCUAAGUAUUCCGGAUCGUAACGUUAUCGAGGAUUCGUUCCGUACCGGUCAGAUUCCGGUACUUUGCUGUACCAGUGGGCUAGCGAUGGGAGUCAAUUUACCGGCACAUUUGGUUGUUAUAAAAUCGACUCAGAUGUACACCGACUACGGAAUGGAAGAGUACCCAGAAAGUAGCAUCUUUCAAAUGAUCGGCCGAGCAGGGCGGCCCCAGUUCGAUACCUUUGGAGUGGCUGUCAUCAUGACUCAAAAAGAUAAAGUGCAUAAGUACCAGCAACUGGCCACCGGAUCGGUUCCCAUUGAAUCGUUCCUCCACGAGCAUUUGGCCGAGCAUCUGAACUCGGAGAUUGUCCUGCAAACCAUCACGGAUCUGGCCAGUGCCAUGGACUGGAUUCGGUCUACUUUCCUGUACGUGCGGGCCCUCUCGAAUCCGACCCGGUACGGACUGAAGCCCGGUUUGGACAAGACCCAGAUCGAGCGCCAUUUGGAAGACCUCUGCCGUUCGGAACUGGAUGCCCUCGAGAGGUACACCCUAAUUCAGGUAACUGGCGUUAAAGAUCAAGGUACUGCUGCUGCUGAAUUAAGUGGUAACAACCAGGAGCAGCAUGUGACAUUCGGAAGCACCGUUUACGGAAGGCUGAUGGCACAGUAUUGUUUGAAUUUCCAAACGGUUAAGUUGCUCAGGAAGAUUAAAGGUUCCGAAUCGCUGCUGGAGAUGUUCACAAUCCUAACACAUUGCGACGAAUUUGGAGCCUUCAAAUGUCGCAACAGCGAUAAACGCUGCCUCAACGAACUCAACCGCUCUCAAUCCAAACCAACUGUCAGAUUUCCUUUACGUGGACGCAUUCAAACCAGUCCCGCAAUGGUUUCCUGUUUAAUCCAAGCAGUUCUGGGCAAUUUGGAAAUCGAAGAUCCUUCCCUAAAGCAGGAAGCGAACAGAAUGAUCUCUCUGGGGCGCCGUUUGCUGAAAUGUAUUACGGAAUUUAUCACGGUUGGCUCGAACGACGUACCCGAUGGAGGAGGUUUUGGCGAGGAGGAACCGGCAGGAUUCUUCGCUGCUUUGUUAAGUACCGUGAUUCUCGGGCAGUGUUUGGAAACGAAGCUUUGGGAGGAUAGCCCAUUUAUUAGUAAACAGCUUCGUGGGAUUGGGGUCGUUUUGGCCGGGCAACUGGCUGCUAGAGGAAAAAUAAACUUCCAAGAGCUACGCGAUUCGGACCCGAGAGAGCUGGAAGUGAUUGUUAAAAAGCAGCCUCCAUUUGGAAGUGAUCUGAUAGAUUUCGUUAGAAAACUGCCGGUGUUCUCGUUGAAGCUGGAGCUGGAUAACGAUUACCAGAUCAAACUCACCGCUAGUCAAACAAAUCUUUGUUACAAUAGGGAGGCUGUAACUCGUUUGACAAUUCUGGUGGGUGACAGUAAAAAUAACAUUCUUUUCUUUAACGAUAGUUGUAAUGGAAGCUUCGGAGGCAACAACUCAUUUCAGACUUCGUUCAAGAUAUUCGACGCGACAGUUGCAUCCAUCACAGGCCAUGUGAUUUGUAGCAACUGGGUUGGAUUGGAUUGUUCCACUACAAUUGUGAUCAACGAAGAUGCCUUUAAAGCGUUGAACGAAUCGAAGGACAAACCGAAAGGUAGAAAAACGAACCAGAGAACGAAAAAGAUCACCGAGUUCUACCCGAAAGAGGACCCAAAGGACAUGAACACAACCGUAGAUCAGCAAGAUGAUGAACUUCUUGCUGCUGUAGAUCUUGACGUGGAAUCUAAUCCGAUACUGGUCGAAGAUAACUGUCCAAUAGUCAUUGUCGAAGAUAGUCCAAAAAAGAUCUCUCUCGAAUCCUUUAGGUUUACUCAAAAACCUAAACUCCCGACAAAUAAUCAUGUUCAUUUGGAAACAAAUGGACAACCUAAGAUGAAUGUAGAUGUUGUAAUCCCAAAUACUGAAACGAAUCGAUCAAAUAUUUCAAACCAAAUACUCGUUGAUUCAGAAGAAAUAUUCGAAGAUGAACCAGAAGCCCCGAUUAUUGAAACUGUCCCAAAAGUAGACGUGACAAUAAUCGAGCCGGAACAGAAACGACCAAAGCUUGAACAAUCACCAAUACGAAACUUCUUUACCCAUACUCUGAACACUCAAAACGGUAUCCAGCUGGCGCCCUGCAUUCCGAUGGGAAGUCCUCGUUACGAUCCCAGUAAUCGUAUAGAAUAUUUCACCAAAAUGCACAACGAAGACCCGUUCAUACUAUUCGGACAUCCGGAAGAUCAUCCCAGUCAACUGGAACGACUGAGGUCGAAAAUGCGUCGGGUUUGUCUGUUUGGAGUGUUCAGUGAAAUUCCGAGGAACAACGAUGAGCAUUGUUUACCUUUGGGAACGAAAAAUGUUUUGAACGAAAAGGUGGCUCCAGAGAAAAGAGAAGACUUUUGCACUAGUUUCGAAAAUAACAAUGAUGAUCAGUUAGUAGAGCAUAGCCAUCAUCUCGAAAGCAAUCGUAAGGAACUGGAUCUUGGAAUCGAGGAAUUCCUGCUUUCGAACACAGAAUCCAGCAACCCUGCGUCGAACUUUUUCCGGUAAGAUUCCUUAGACACCUUACGUACCUCUUAUCCAGGAUGGUGAUAUUAUAUUUGAGUCAAGCCUUUUAAAUUUAGUACAAAAACAUUUACUAAAAUACCUUUAAUCGUGUAACAAAUAAAACUACACUUAUU